AUGCAAGAUGUACCGAGACGCCGCAGCUCCUAUUUUUCAGCCAAGAGUGAGAACUCGCAAGCAAGUAAAACAUUUGAUGCGAUACCCGUGCUGCUGUAUCGAGUCGAAAAUGCGCAACAGGCAGUGUACAGAGCGAUAGAAGAGUACACAGAGCAAGAUGCGCUGGAGGGCAAACUACACAAUGCGCGCGUAGAGGCGGCAUAUGACAAUGGGGACAAACAAGUGUCGCUAGACGAAGAGGGAAGCAUUGGUGUCCGCGUUCAGGAUGGGGCAGAAGGGCCCGAGGAGGACCCGUUCCUAGUCACUUGGAAAUCGACCAAUGCCGAAAAUGAGAACCCCCGUUCCUGGUCGUACCGGUACAGGCUCCGUGUGAUGGGCAUUUACGCACUCUUUUCCGGUGUCGGUCCCUGGGCGAGCUCUAUGGUAUCGCCCGCGCUCAAUACGCUCGAUACGGAACUUGGCUUUAACAACUCGGUUACGCUGGAUUUAGUGCUCGCCAUCUACCUCAUUGCAUUCUUUAUUGGGCCGCUGUUUUCAGCGCCGAUAAGCGAAAACCUUGGGCGGAAGCGCCUUGCACUGUUCUGCAAUGUAUUUUUCAUCAUCUUCAAUAUUGGGUGCGCCGUAGCGCGAACGCCUGCCCAGCUGGUCGUCCUGCGCUUCUUUGCUGGUCUGUUCAGCGGUGCGACCGUUCCCAUGGGCGGCAGCGCCGUGUCCGACAUGUUUGACCUGCACGAGCGGGGUUUCGCAAUGUCGCUCUACACUAUUGCGCCCGUGCUGGGCCCAUGCAUGGGACCGCUCGUCGCCGGCUGGAUUAUCCAGGGCUGGAGUCCGAGCAAGUGGCCCUGGAUCUUUUGGACGUCGACGAUGAUGGCCGGCGUAAUUAUGAUUGUGGGCCUUUUGUUCAUGCGCGAGACAUACGCACCGCGCCUCUUGCGUGAAAAAGCGCGAAAGCUGCGCGAAAGCACGGGCGACAACAGAUACCACUCGAUAUUUGACAAGCAGAAGGAGACGCCGAAACAGAAAUUGGAGCGUGUGAUGCUGCGCCCCAUCGUGUUUCUCUCCACCGAAAUCCUCGUGUUUUUGCCUGCGCUGUAUGUCGCCAUUAUCUACGGUUGCUUCUAUUUGCUCGUCGCGUCAAUGCCGCGCGUGUUUCAGGAGAAAUACGGGUAUAAGGUUGGGAUUAGUGCUCUGCACAACCUCGCCCUGGGAAUUGGCCUCGUUUGUUUUGGGCAGGCAGGUGGUGUCUUUAUUGACGUUGUCUACAAGCGCCUCUGCAAAAAGUACGGCCACAAGCGGCCAGAGUACAAGCUACCACUGCUCAUGAUCAGUGUGUUUGUCAUGCCUUGUGCUCUCUUGUUGUUUGGGUGGACCGCACAGUAUCAUGUCGUCUGGAUCGUCCCGGAUAUCGGGCUCGUGCUUGCGGGUGGAAGUGUGAUUUGUACCAUCAUCCAGGGCCAAAUGUACAUGGCGGACCUAAUGGGUGUUUAUGCCUCGUCUUCCUUGAGCGCCAUGAUGGCUACUCGUUCGCUUAUGGGGUUUGCCAUGGUGCUCAUUGCGAAACCAUUGUUUGAUCGUCUUGAUAUUGGAUGGGGUCUUUCUGUCGUCGCACUGAUCACGGCCAUUUUCGGAAUUCCCAGCCCUUUUAUUUUGUACAAGUACGGAUACCAAGUCCGCCAGCGGAGCAAAUAUGCAACUAAAUUGUGA